AUGCUGGCUGAUAUCGGCUACAAGGAGAUUGAGGUUUCCUUCACUUCCACUUUGCAGGCUGAUUUUGAUUUUAUACGCCGCCUGAUUGAGACACCUGGAGCUAUUCCCGACGAUGUCUGGCUGCAGCUGGUCCGGCCCCUCACCAAGGACGACCCUUCCACGUCCGGCACUGAAUGGGCCUUUGAGUGCAGCCCUGAGACCUUCUCUGAUACUGAGCCCAGCUUCGUCCUCCAGGUCUGUGAUGCUGUCAAGGCUGCUUGGGGGCCUUCAGUGGAAAAUCUCAUCAUCUUCAACCUGCCCACCACAGGAUCUAAAUUUCCGGCACCCGUGACACCCAGCAAGACACCCGUCACAAAGGAUCUCAUGCGUGUGCUUAAUGAAGGGAGUUUAAAGCUUGAGAGCCGCGGCAACGGUCCUAUUUCCAGUUUGGGCAACCCCCUGAGAGGCGUCGAUGUCAAUUUGGAUGUCCAUUACUAUAAGGAACACGCUAUUGUAGGGUGUAUGGCGGCUGGAAGCAGUAUGAAAGUAUGGGGUGUGGGUAUUCACGAAGAUGCGAGUGUGUAUGGUCACCUUGCUGAGGUGAAUCUGAAUGGCAAUGUCAGCAAUGUGAAUGGAUCUACCUAA